UGUUAAUAUCAGGUACCCAUGUUCAGUUUUUCGUUUUGAUUUGAAGGAAUUUCUUGCGGAGAGGAGCAAGGGUUUCUUGGUGAGUUCUUCGGGUUGUGCAUAUGGGGGCUGCAGCAAUCUGUUUUAUCCUACACGGGACAACGAGGCAAUGGCGUGACAACAGGUGAGCUUGGAUAUCCAAAGAAAAAGAACAGUUGGUUCAUCUGCUGGAGUCUGAGCUUAGAGAAGUGGAGGAAAAUUGCAGGUGUGCGAGAAAUUUUAUUUUGCUGAUAGGACUCCUUAUUUACUGAUGCAUUUUGAAAUAAUUGAAAAGUUGGAUUUGAGUUAACAGCUAUAAAAAUGUAGACAUGAUUGCUGAGAUUAUGCUAUGAAAGUGGAAUAAAAAAAUGGUAGUUUAUAAUAUUGCGUACCAAUUGUUUUCUCUCUUUUUUACCAAAUGAUAAGGGUGGUGGCUCAGGCCGCCCCCCUAAGCGUCCCCACUCUUCGACAAGUUGAAAUCGUGGUGAUAGUUUAUGGGCUGUGGUCUUGGGAUUCUGCAAAUAGAAUGAAAAACAGACACUUAACUAUCUUGUUAUUAAGCAUUUCUGCAUCAUUCAGUUGCUCUUGAUUUUCGUCUUUUAAGCGAUCUUAUUUCUGCGAUCUGACUUGAGGAGGGUUUUUAGACCUAUGGUUGUGGGUGUUUUCUCUGACCCCAUUAUCCGAGAUUUGUAGACUUGCGAUCGGCGGUCAAACAUUUUGUGAUUCUUGUUUUCUCUGCCUUUCGGUCGUUAAGCGCCGGCAGUCUUUAGAUCUUUGGCAAAUCAAUUUAAUACAACCGAGUUGUGGUCCUCUGUUAGGAUUUUCCUGGCUAAGAGGGUAUUUGCGUUUUUGUUGCUUGGUUGGUCGAUCACAGAUUUACGAACAGCUGUGGUGGUCCUGUUAUUUUUUGGUUGUGUUUGUGCUGGGACAACAUUUUCCACCUUCUGUUUGCACUGGGAUGAUUGCGUUUUAAAACUGUUGGGUUGAUGGAAAACAGAGCUCUUACUCCUAUCAAUCAGUUGGUCCCGUACAUAAAUGCAGAAAAAUCAAGGUUCGAGUUUGCAGAAGGAGAAGAGCUGACAGUUACGCUGUGGGCAGAUGUUGCUCGAAGUAUUGCUUCUUUAUCCAUUGAAUCAUUGUCUCUGCCGAUCAUUGUGGUUUUCACAAGUUUAAAGGUCAAGCUGUACCUAGACAAGAUAGUCUUGAACACCAUUGGUUCAUCACUUUUCUUCAUUGAUCUAGAUAUUCUGGAAGUAAAUUCAUACAAAUCAGUCUUUUCCAAAUGCACAGAACCUCUAAAAAUACUGCCACCUUUUACAAAACAGGCCCGUGAAGCUCAAAUCUUGCAGACAGCGAAGGUCACAAUUGCAGACGCUGAAAUUUUCAUGCCAAAAUAUGAUGUGGAGGAUGAGAAAUUGUUUGCUGUUGUUCUCUUUUCAGUUUUGCAGGCGAUGAUCUUUUACCAAAUGUCGAGGAGCUUCCAUGGGACAUGCUCUAUGCUCUCGCUUCCCAGUUGCCUCUGUUGGGGUUGGAAAAGCUACAGAUCACAAUGUAAGUCAAAAACAGUAAAGUUCCCAAGAUGUUCUGUGCUGGAGCAGAUUUAAAGUUGGUCAGGCACUGAAGGACCGGUCAAUACGAAGUGCAUCUGUGGGACAAUAGUUGAAAGAAGGCCAGAGCAGGAAGAGAAGGCAAGGUUUGUGAAGAAAAACAGUAAAAGGUCGUACCCAGUGCACAAGGCUCCCGCUUUACGCAAGGUCUGGGAGAGGUGAAUGUCGGCUAGCCUUACCCCCAUUCUGCUUUUGUUUAAUUAGAAGAAAUGUGCAUUUUUUUUUCCCAGUCAAAUUCUGCUUUUGUUCUGACUAUUUUCCUUACUGUAUGCUGAUUUUAUUAUUUAAUUUUUGGUUUUUCCUUGAUUGGCUUGGGAAUUACAAUCAAAUGAUGAAUCUUCAGUUUACUUGGGUAA